AUGCAAUCAGCUAACGCGUACUCGGUGAUAACGAAGCCUCACGUUUCAACCCCUGAUAAUAUCAUCAUUCGCUCUUUAUACAAGACUGACACGAGCAAAGCAUGUUCCGAUUGUAUUUACCUCUUAGCAGACCGAAAUUCACCUUAUUGGAUACCAGCACUACCCGAUAUUGGUCAUCGUUUAUUACCAUACUGGACAUAUUUUCCAGUGAAUAACUAUUAUCUCUUAGCAUCAUUUGUUUUAGUUAUUAUUCGUUAUAUUUUUCAACGCGAUAUCCGGUUGAUUGUAUUUCGACGAUGGCUCUUCCUUCAAGCCGCUAUGUUUAUUAUGAGAAGUGUAUCCAUAUACGUAACUUCAUUGAGUGUACCAUUACCUGGCUGUAAUACAACAGCAACAGGUUCACCGCCUGUCGAAGCAUUUUAUAUUAUGUUUUUAAUUCAUGAAACAUGCGGAGAUGUUCUUUUCUCUGGUCAUACAGUAACAUUGACCUUGUGUGCUCUAGCUUGGACGACUUAUUCGAAGGGAGAAGAGUAUUAUCCAAUACGUUGGUUAUGGUCUCGAAUAAAGAAAACUAAUGAAGAAACAGUAUCCCAUCGAUCCGGAUGGUUCUAUCCAAAAUUGGACUCAACAGGUGAUCCAUUAUCAUUCUACCUGACAUCGAUUCUUGUUUGGGUAUUUACUGUCAUUGGUUAUUUACUUAUUAUCGCAACUCGAUUUCAUUAUACAGUCGAUGUUUUUCUUGGUUUUCUUCUUUCACAAUUAACUUGGAAGACAUAUCACUAUUAUAUAAAGACUCUCGCCGAACGACGAAAUAUCGUUAUUACUCGUUUUUUUCUUUGGUUCGAAAGCCACGGAAAGCCAUCAAUCAUCGAUCCUGUAAGUUUGCGUACAGGCCCAGCGAGUGUUGAUGACAGUCAAACGGUAUUUACACAAAACAUUCAUGAAACUAUACACUCUGGCAAUACUAGCGAUGUUUAA